AUGGCCGAGGUGCUCAUCAGCGUGCUUCUGGAAAAAUUGGUUUCAAGUGUUUUUGACCACACAAAAGAAGGUAUCAAGCUGAUUUCGAAUGCUAAGACAGAGGUCAAAAAAUUCAGCAGCAAUCUCAAAGUAAUUCAAGCUGUGCUGGAGGAAGCUGAGAAGCAGCAGGUGGAGAAUGCCAGCGUGAGAAACUGGUUGGAUGUGCUCAAUGAUGUCUCGUACGAGAUGGUUGACGUGCUUGAUGAGUGGAACACGGAAAUUCUGAAGCAAAAGGCUAUGGGAGCAACCACUGAGAAAAAAAUUGCUACUGAGAUGAAAGAGUUGAAUGAAAGGUUAGCUUUAAUUUCUACUCAGAAAAAGCAGUUUAAGCUUCAUGAAUCCUCAACUCGUAGUAGAGGCAAUCAACUUACCAAAUCACUGAAAACUUCAUCAUUUGUCAAUAUUGCUACAAUAUUUGGCAGAGAAGAAGCAACAACUGAUUUGUUGAGCAAGUUGUUGAGUGGGAGUAGUGAAGGGAAACGGAUCUCAGUCAUUCCUAUCGUGGGUAUGGGAGGGAUAGGCAAAACAACUCUUGCCCAAUUAGCCUUUAACAAUGAAAAUAUAAAAGACUCUUUUGAAAAGAGAAUAUGGGUUUGCGUGUCGAAUCCUUUUGAUGUGGUGAGGAUUGCCAAAGCCAUUAUAAGUGGUACUACUGGUGAGGAUGCCCCAGAUUCAACCGAGUUGGAAGAUGUCUUGCAUUGUAUGUCUAGAUGUCUUGAGGGGAAGAAGAUCCUCAUUGUUUUAGAUGAUGUGUGGACUGAAUACCAAAAAGAGUGGGACAGUUUGAAGCUAACAAUAAUAAUGGAAGCUAGUAGUGCUAAAGGUAGUAAAAUAGUGGUAACCACAAGAAAAGAGAGAGUUGCUAAAAUAAUGGGAGCAACCGCUCACAUGAUCCAAUUAGAGAAGCUGAGUGAGGAAAACUGUUUAGCAUUGUUUAACAACAUUGCGUAUUUGGGGAGGGUAGAGGAUAGGGCUAAUGGAUUUGGAGCUAUAGGUGAAAAAAUAGCAAAGUGUGACGGCUUGCCACUUGCGGCAAGAGUCUUAGGUGCUCUCAUGCACUCUAAGAAGAAAAGGGGAGAAUGGGAGGACGUCUUAGAGAGUAAGAUAUGGGCUCUACCAGAGGUUAAGCAACAAGUUUUUCAUCCUCUUUUACUAAGUUAUUAUAAGCUUGAGCCUGUAGUUAAGCGUUGCCUUUUAUAUUGUGCUACAUUUCCUAAAGAGUAUGAGAUGAGCAAACACAAUUUGAUCGAGUUGUGGAUGUCACAAGAUUAUCUUAGUGGAAAUGACUAUAAAGAGAAGGAGAAAACAUGUCAAACUGUUUUCGAGACCUUAGUGAUGCUAUCAUUUCUUCAAGAUGUUGUGGAAGAAGAAAUAGGUUAUUGGGACGAGAGCAUGACUACACUUUGCAAAAUGCACGAUAUUGUGCAUGACUUUGUGCAGUUCCUCAACAAGAAUGAUUGUUAUAUAAUGGAGGCUAAAGAAGCAAACAGAAGAAUAAGAGAGGAGGUGCGUCAUUUGACCUUAAUGUAUGCACCAUAUGGUUCUCCACUUUCAGACAUUAUUUCAGCAGCGAAUUGCAAAAAGUUGCGCUCUCUAACGGCGUUUGAGUCAAGGAUGAAGAGCGCAGAUUUACAAGCGAUUUCACAAGUGAAACGUCUGAGGACACUAAAUUUGAGCGGCAACGACCUCACAGAACUUCCAGAAGAGAUUGGUGAAUUGAUACAUUUGAGGUAUAUCGACUUGUCUUGGAAUUGGGAUUUAAAGGAAUUACCAGACAGUUUGUGCAAUUUAUACAAUUUGCAAACCUUGGGUCUUAUCGGGUGCAUUGCACUCAGAAGACUGCCUAAAAGUAUUGGGAAUUUGAUUAAUUUAAGACAUCUCCAUAAUCAUCGUUGUGGCAAUUUGGCCUACUUGCCGAGAGGUAUAGCAAGAUUAACAAGUCUGCAAACACUAAAUUUGUGUCCGCUUGUUAAUGAUGGUGAGGGCUUGAAAUUAGGAGAUCUGGGAAACUUGGACCAGCUCCAGGGUAGUCUGACAAUUAGGAUCAAGGAGAGUUUGAAGGAUGCUGCGAGUGAGGCGCAGAGGGCUUGCUUGCAAAAUAAAAAGCUUUAUCAUUUGAAUCUUGAUUUAUCAGACCUGGAAGGGCAGAGCGAUGUGUUGGAGGCAUUACGGCCGCCGCAGAAAGAUCUGGAAAUAUUAUCGAUUCUUCAUUAUUUUGACAGCCCGGUGCCCAGCUGUGUGGAUGGGAAUUUGCCCGCCCUUGAACAACUACAAGUAAUGGGAAUGGACAAAGUGAAGAAGGUUGGAGAUGAAUUUUUGGGCACUCAAACAUCCUCAUCCUCCUCUGUUUCAUUCCCUAAAUUGAAAACACUCACCUUCCAGACGAUGAAGGAGUGGGAAGAGUGGGAAGAAUGCAGUGGUGCUGGAAUUACAAUCAUGCCAUGCCUUGAAUCCAUCACAUUUGAUUGCUUGCCUAAGCUGAAGAACCUGCCACUCUUCCUGCAAAACACACCCCUCACCAAAAUCUUCAUUCAGUUCUGUCGUCGGGGUAUUAUAAUGCCUGAGUGGCCCAACAACUGUAACGUCGUCAAAAUUACGAGAUAG